GGAUCGGGUUUAGUUCUAGUUUACCAGUGACCCAGUUGGUGUCAACGGUGUGUCCAUUUAUUAGUCAAUAUGUUUCUAGUACUGUUCACUUUUAUUACGUUACUUAUAUACUUGUGUUUCACAUAUUUGUUUGGUAAACCGCAUCCUAAAUUUCCCCCUGGACCGUACCGUUGGCCGAUAUGGGGUGGCUACCUCCAGCUGCUGGCGGAGAAUUACAAGUACCCGCACUUGGCCAUGCACUGGAUGGCACGCCGCUACAAGACUGAAGUACUCGGCUUGUACUUGGGCCCUUACCCUGCCGUGGUAGCCUGCAGCCCUAACAGCGUCAGGGACCUGCUCAACCACCCCAACAUGCAGGGCAGGCUGACGUCCGUCGUCACAGACAUGAGAGACCCUGACGGUGUUACCCGAGGUCAGACCUUCGUCGACGGCCAUCGAUGGACGGAACAGAGAAGAUUCAUGUUGAGGAACCUUAGGGACUUUGGGUUUGGCACAAGAAGUCCUCAAUUGGAGAAGGUUAUGGAAGAAGAACUGAGAGACUUCAUUGAUUUGGUUCAGACAAAAAACGAGGAGGGAGUUUGCCGUGAUGGAAAGGUGAUGGUUCCUCCAGCGUUUUACGCGUUCUUCACGAACCUCGCACUCCAGGUGUUUCUGGGAACUCGCCUUCCUCCCCCCCAAUACAAGAGGCUAAGGGAGUUUGUAUCCAACUGCUACAGUUUCUCGAGGAAUCUAGACCCCACAACUGGGACUAUUGGUCUUACUCCUUGGGUGCGCCACUUUGCUCCCGGAUUCUUCGGAUAUACCGCCUUGGUGAAGCUCAAUGGCUCUAUUAAGGAAUUCAUCCAAGAGGUGACGAACGAGCACAAAGAUACAUUUAUGCCGGAUGCACUUAGAGACUUCUGUGACACAUACCUUAAAGAGAUAAAGGACAAAGAUGACGCCGAAUAUCAACAUUGGUUCUCAGACAAACAGAUGGUGAUGACAAUUUGGGAUACUCUGUUUGCGGCCUCCAUAACACAGGCGACGACGCUGUGCUCCGCUGUAGAAUUGUUCCUGGAGUACCCUGAGGUCCAACUCAAAGCCCAACAGGAGGUAGACGACGUAGUCGGGCGCUCCAGGCUACCCACUCUGGACGACAGGAAAAAUUUGCCGUAUUUGGAGGCCAUUAUGCGAGAGGUGUUGAGGAGGAAAACCCUGAGUCCUCUGACCCUGCCACAUCGUUGCACAGAGGAUACGUAUUUCUACGGUUACUUCAUACCUAAGGAUACGAUGGUGUUAGGAAACCUCUGGAGUAACAACAUGGACGACAAACUGUUUGAAAACCCUUACGAAUUCAGACCCGAAAGACAUCUAGAGGAAGAUGGGACUUUAAAGAAGAAGGAUUUGGUCCUACCAUUUGGACUGGGAAAACGCGUAUGUUCCGGAGAGACGUUCGCACGACAGAACAUGAUGGUGAUGUUGGCCACUUUGGUGCAGAACUUCACGAUGGAACUUCCCGAGGGUCAUCCUAUGCCCACCGAGAAAGACUACCACACAGGUUCCAUCAUCAUACCCCACAACUUUGAAGUGCUCAUGGUGCCCAGAUAAUCAGUCGAUAUCAUGUAUAUAACACUGCGAUACAUUUUUUUUAUAAUUUCCGUUGCUCUUAAUUUGUAUAUUUGUAUUUACGAUACGCUAACUAAUAAAUUGUAAAUAGUGAGUUGA